GUCAGGCCAAUCUGGAGACUUUCAUUAGAUCUGCAACCAAAAAGUGAACUUCACACGAGGUCCAAUCUGACUUAGUGGACAGCUGGUUGAGUCCUCCACUAACUGCUGGAGAUCAUAGAAGUCGUCUGGUGGCCAAGUUUUGAGGUUUUUAAGAGAGAAUUAAAGAAGAAAGGGAAGAUCUUAACUCUUUGUACUGGAGUGCAGUGAAAAGAUGCAGACGAAAGGCUUCUUCACCCAAAGGAAAGCAGCAGUGGCAAUGUGCAUUGUGCUAUUAAUGUUUGCUCAGCAGGUUUGUGCAGGACCGGUGCCCCGACAGGCCCAGUCCAGUUCUGACCAGAGUAAAGGUUCAGUGGGGGGACACACCAUGUCCACACUGAGAAGGGUGGUUCGGAUGACCCCACUGUGGAGGAUCAUGAGCAGCAAACCAUCUGGAGCUUUCUGCCAAAACAACUUUGAAUGUUCCACUGGACUUUGCAGGGCUGGGCACUGCUCAACAAACCAAGGAGAGCCAGCUAAAUAUUAAACGUCCGAGGACACGACCAGUCUGAGUGUUAUCCUGAUGGGUUCUGACUGGGAUAUCAACAUAUCCACAUUUUUUUAAUAUUCUUUUGUUUUUUUAAUCAAAAUUUGUAUUUAUGACUUCCGAUAUAUCUACACAACUACAUAAUCUAUUACAGUUUGCUAUUUAGUAAACCACCAUAAAAUGGGUGCAUUUUGGCUGCAAAUAACUUUUAGCUCUGAUGGUGCAAAUUUUAAAGAAAAGAAGCAUCUUUGAAUCUCAGAGGAUGAAUAUUUCAGGUUACCGUGACCUUGAACUUAACUCCACAAACGACGUAAUGGAGUCUGAUGUUUAAACAGCUCGGUUUUAUUGACCAUCCAGCUUUACUGACAUGAUACGAGAAUGAGUAGACAGACAGAAAGUGCAGGGAGCAGGGCAAAGCAUGGAGUUUGCACCAUUUUACAGCUCUCAAACUUUACAUUGCCCCACAUCUUUAUCUUCUGUUGGCCUUGAUAAGUUAUCACAAGACUGGUGUUAGGGUAGAAAAUUAUGAUAGAAACACCAAGGAAAGGAAAGAAACAGAAGCAGUGGAGCAGAGGUUACAGAUAUAUUCAAAGGGAUGCUCAGGCUACACUUAAAAAUGAUCUUAUUUUACAUUUAGGUCUAUAAUUUUGAGAGUUUAGCUCUCAUAGAUGUAGGCGCUUUCACACACAAUUCAGAAUAAAUGCAAAUUUCUGUAAACAUCUUCACAGCAUCUUAACUGCAUGUACAUUUUCUCAGAUUAUUUAUUUUGUCUUUUGAGUUUAAAAAAAUGUUCCCAUUUUAGUUUCUUUUUUAAAUUUUUAUUCCCAUUUCUUGUUAAAAUUCUUUUGUUUAAUUUGUCACCUUGACUGUUCAGCUUUUCCAGUGUGGACUGAGUGUACAAUGAAGAACAGAUUUUAAACAUAAAGCUGCACAGUCUCAAUGUUUGCACAUCUUUUUCCUUAAAUUGCAAGGCGGCUCUAAGAAUCCGCUUUGACUCACCUGCAGUUUACUUCAAGCACGCGGCAGGUGGUUGCUGAUAUUUUGUACACUCAGCGUGUCUAAGAAACGUUUGAGUAGGAUUGCACUUUCAAACCCAAAUUAUCUUUGUACUGUGUACUAUUUACUGUACUGUGUUAAGUUCGCAUAGAGGACGGGAGGAAAAGUGGAAUUAAAGCAUUGGAAAACAAGAA